AUGGCAAAACCUGUGGAAAGUGUUCCGGAAGAGCUGGAAGAGGUCGACGUGGUGGAGCCAGAACGCAAGCCUCACGAAGAGCCGGAUAGAGGGCAAGUGGAGGAGCCAGAACCCAAGCCCCACAAAGAGCCGGACAGAGGACAAGUGGAGGAGCCAGAAUCCAAGCCCCACAAAGAGCCGGAUAGAGGGCAAGUGGAGGAGCCAGAACCCAAGCCCCACAAAGAGCCGGACAGAGGACAAGUGGAGGAGCCAGAACCCAAGCCUCCGAAAGAGCCGGAUAGAGGGCAAGUGGAGGAGCCAGAACCCAAGCCCCACAAAGAGCCGGACAGAGGACAAGUGGAGGAUAGUCCUCCGCCAGCUGCAGAGCAGCCUGUGCCUCAUCCUGCCUCUGCGCCUUCGGGAAGCAAAGCUCCCGCACCUGCUGACACGGGAGCCCCGGCAAAGAGCCAAAAGCAGGCUUCGCAGUCGUGGUGGGGUCGCUUUUCUUCAUUUUUCGUCGCGUCCCCACCCGAGAAGAAGGCGGAGCCUCAGGCAGAGCCGUCAGAGCCUCGUGCAUCUGCAGUUCAGCCGGAACCUCCGCUCCCGGCCCCAGCGAGUCCACCACCUUCCGACUCCGGUUCGAGGACGGACGAAGCACAGCCAGCCCAGCCAGCUGAAAAGCCUCCAGCAGAUGCACCUCUGGUGUCAAGAGUCUCGAAAGAACUCCCAGCCGUAGAGCCGAUGCCGGCUCCGAAAGCGACUGCUCCCGACGAGCAGGCUAAGGGGUGGGCUCCGGAUGACGACGAAAGGGCGAUCAUCGCGCGGUUUGCGAAGCGCUGGCAGGCCAAGGCCAAGCUGUCAGCAAAGACAAAGAGCAGUCUCGCAGAAGUUGCAACUGAAAGCCUCCCGCCGCUGAUUCCCAUUGAGGAGGGCACCCUCCCAGAGGUUGCGCGGCCCGCCGCCACCGACGAAGCGGCAACUGCGGCCGCCUCUGCGGCCGAUGCUUCGAUGAAGAAGCCUCCGGUGAAGACCGAAAAGCUAGAGCUGCCACGGGCUGCCGUGGCGCAAGACAAAGCGGCACUUCCGAGCGUCUCGCGGAAGCCUGUUGCCACGCCGAGAGCUACUCUCCCAGGACGUAGGGUUCUAGGGCGUUUAGGGCUUUAG